CGCCUUCAGGUGGCGCUGCGCCUGAGAGCAGACAUGGACAGCAGCGGCGAGCCCCUGGGGGCGGGCGAGGACGAGGCGGCGUGCACGUCGGCCUCAGAGGGGCUGGAGGAGGGGGAGGUGGAGGGGGAGACCCUGCUGAUCGUGGAGUCGGAGGAUCAGGGCUCCGUGGACCUGUCCCACGACCAGAGCGGGGACUCGCUGACCAGCGACCUGGGGGAGGAGGGGGAGGGCGGCUGGGCCUGCGAGGACAUGUCCUUCUACUGCGAGCGCUGUCACAAGUGGACCCCGGCAGCUCAGCUCCGAGGAGAACAGCCCAGUUACCUGAAAGGAGACAACUUCUUCAAGUUCACCUGCUGCAGCUGCUCCGAGGACGGCAAGGAGAGCUUUGAGCGGAUGCGGCUCACCUGGCAGCAGGUGGUGAUGUUGGCCAUGUACAACCUGUCCCUGGAGGGCACGGGCCGGCAGGGCUACUUCCGCUGGAAGGAGGACAUCUGCGCCUUCAUCGGCCGGCACUGGAACUUCCUGCUGGGAACCAGGAAGAAGACCUCCACCUGGUGGAGCACGGUGGCCGGCUGCCUGUCCGUCGGCAGCCCCGCCUUCUUCCGGUCCGGAGCGCAGGAGUUCGGAGAGCCCGGCUGGUGGAAGCUGGUCCAGAACCGACCCCCCACCCUGAGGCCAGAGGUGGACAAGUCCAGCUCCAGGACCAAAGCAGCGUCCAAACCCGUCCUGGACCCCAUCAUCACGGUGGAGGGCCUGAGGAAGCGCGGCGCCCGCAACCCGGUGGAGAGCGCCAUGCAGCUGAAGGAGAAGCGUUCCCGCACGCAGGAGGCCAAAGACAUCCGCCGCGCGCAGAAGGAGGCGGCAGGAGGCUAUGCCGACCGCAGCGCCUCCUCCACGCCCGUCAAGCUGGGCGGCGGUCGUGGCGGAGGGGCCGGGCGGCGGCCGGACCUGAUCCUGGAGAAGGGGGAGGUCAUCGACUUCUCCUCGCUGAGCUCCUCCGACCGGACGCCGCUCACCAGCCCGUCCCCCUCGCCUUCGCCAGACUUCUCCGCCCCGGGAACACCCGCCUCCCAGUCGGCCACGCCCAGCCUGCUGUCGGAGGCGGACCUCAUCCCUGACGCCAUGCCCCCCCAGGCGCUGUUCCACGACGACGAGGAGAUGGACGGCAUGAUUGACCCAGGGAUGGAGUACGCCCCCCCACCCAGCGCCGCCCGCAAGAAGGUCUGCCACGCCCCCCCUCGUAUCAAGAGGGAGGCCGACAGCGAGGAAGACGACGGUCCUGAGCGCGAGGAAGACUACGAGGAGCCAGGAGGAAGGAAAGACGCUCCCUCGCCGUCCUCUGGGGGGGCGGAGCGCAGGCGGGGGCCCGCAGACGCCGACGGCGCCGCCAGUCCUCGCUGCGUCCCUGUCAGCCUCUACGAGGAGCGGCUGCUGCUGCGGCGCCUGGACGCCUGCCCGCUGGCUCUGGCCGUCACGCCGCUGGCACGCCGCCUCCGCAGGAAGCUGCUGGUCCGCCAGGCCCAGAGGCAGCGGGGGCUCCCCCUGCUGGACGUGGACCGGGCCGUCAGCGCCACCCUCAGCCUGGUGGGAGGGAUCUACGGGGCCGCAGAGGCGGGGCCCCAGGCUGGGGGCGGAGCCGAGGAGAAACACCGCACCAGCAGUCGGGAGCUGCAGAUUCUGGACCGUUUCCAGACCAGAACCUCGGGCAGAAGAGGCGUCCCCCUGCACUCCGUGUCCUUCUGGCACCGGCUGAUGGGCGCUGAUGGCGGUUUGGAGCAGAGCAUCAAGAGUCCGUACACCUCCCGCGUGCUGAAGCCUUUCAUCAGGAGGGACUAUGAGAGCCGCCCCCUGAAGCUGCGGCUGCUGGCUGAGAUCCGAGCGCACCCCCACAGGAAGGAGGCGGGGUGGACCCCCGAGGCCGACGCCCCCAUCGACUACUGCUACGUCCGACCCAGCCACAUCCCCUCCGUCAACUCCAUGUGUCAGCACGGCUUCUGGCCAGGAGUGGACCUGUCCGAGUGCCUGCAGUACCCGGACUUCAGCGUGGUGGUCCUCUACAAGAAGGUGGUGAUCGGCUUCGGGUUCAUGGUUCCGGACGUCAAGUACAACGAGGCCUACAUCUCCUUCCUGCUGGUGCAUCCGGAGUGGAGGAGGGCCGGCAUCGGGACCUUCAUGAUCUACCACCUCAUCCAGACGUGCAUGGGGAAGGACGUGACGCUCCACGUGUCGGCCAGUAACCCCGCCAUGCUGCUCUACCAGAAGUUCGGCUUCAAGGCCGAGGAGUACAUCCUGGACUUCUACGACAAGUUCUACCCCGUGGACAGCACCGAGUGCCGCCAUGCCUUCUUCCUGCGGCUGCGGCGCUGACGGCUGGCGGAUCCGUCAGUUUGAAGUCGGACUUCGACCUGAUUCUGCUUCUCAGAUCCAAUAAAACGUUUCCGUUCA